AUGCACGCUACCGUCCGCUCCACCCCAACCUUCGACGGUUACGCCUCCAUGUACGGCUGGAUCCAGCUCGUCCGGGAAGAGCCCGAGCCCGGAGAAUGGGACACAGGCCCUUUCGUCAUGGAUGGGGGCCAUCCGGGACUCCCCCGCGGGGUCUUCAACUGGUAUCUGCUACUGAACACCACCAUCUUCGCCUUUGCUGGCGUGGGUAGGGGCUUCGACGAGGGGAACAUCGGAUCGCUGGUGGUGCAGUCGCGGUUUCGGACCAAAUUCGGGCUGGACCAGCAAUCCCCCGAGCAAUAUGCCAAUACGCAAGGCUGGAUCGUGUCCAUGUUCACGGCGGGAUUGGCGGUCGGCUGUCUCAUCUGUUUGCCCUUCAACGACCGCCUGGGACGACGGUGGACGCUGCGACUCUCCACCCUGGUCUAUGCCGCAGGCAUCCUGGGACAGGGGCUGUGCAACGGGUCCCUGCCGGGGCUGUAUGCAUCGCGGAUCGUGGCCGGACUCGGGGCCGGCGGCACCACGGUCAUCCCGUCGAUGUAUAUUUCCGAGGUAGCCCCCAAGACGAUCCGCGGGCUCCUCACCAUCCAGUACUCGUGCUGCCAGCAACUCGGGGUGGUGUUCGGCUUCUUCAUCAACUACGGCGUCACCAAGGCCUACGCCGGAACGGACACGCAGUGGAUGCUCCCCACGCUGAUCCAGCUGCUCCCCGCCGCGAUCUGGGGGCUGGGGACGUUCGCCUGCGUGGAGUCGCCCCGCUGGCUGCUGUACGUCGGGCAGCGCACGGCGGCCGUCACCACGCUGUCGCGGCUGCGGCGCCUGCCGCUGGACCACGCGGAUGUGGUGGCGGAGAUCGCGAUGAUGGAGUUCCAGAUCCUGCAAGAGCGCGAGGCGGUAUCGGGGGUGUCGCAGUGGCGGCUGGUGCAGGAGACGUUCGGACCGGUGGAUCACCGGCGGCGGUUCUUCCUGGUGUUCAUGGCGCACCUGUUCUCGCAAUGGUCGGGGGCCAACGCGAUCACGCAGUAUCUCCCGACGAUCCUGGGGUACCUGGGGAUGUCGGGGGAGACGGCGGCGCUGACGACGGGGGUGUACUCGGUGGUCAAGUUCGGCACGUGUCUGGUGUUCUCGCUGGUGGUGGUGGACUUUGUCGGGCGGCGGCGGUCGCUGAUGACGGGGAUAACGCUGCAGUGCACAACGCUGGUGUACCUGGCGGCCUACCUGGGGCUGAUCGGGUCGGAGGUAUAUCCCAUCCGCAUCCGGGCGCUGGCGGUGUCGCUGGGGCUGACGGGGCACUGGCUGUUCGCGUUUGGGUGCUCGCGGGCGACGCCGGACCUGCUGGGGGCGACGCAGGAAUGGGGGGCGUUUGCCUUCUUCGCGGGGGUGUGCCUGGUGUCGUUGGGGUACGUGUUCGUGGCGAUGCCGGACACGACGGGCCGGUCGCUGGAGGCGCUGGACGGGCUCUUCCAACGGCCGUGGUAUCGGGUGUACGAGGUGGCGUACGCGAAGGACGACGAGACGGCGAUGGAGGUGCAGGUGAUCCACGAGCAGGGGAAGAUGAAUUAA